AUGUGGCAUAGAGGGGUGUUAACUUUAUUGUGCAACUCAUGUCGAUAUGUUAUUCGAAAGUGGCAUGUUCCCUUGCUGGGAGUUGACUGUAAUGCUAACCCAAGACACAAACAGGUUUUAUCGAAUCCUUCCCCUAGGUCUAGGGGAAUACCAAAAUAUUUAGAAAAAUAUAUUUUUUACAAACAACCAACAAGAAAUCCGAAGUACAAAUCUCAAUUUAUUACCAUGUAUACUGCCGGACGGAAGUACAGGCAACAAAUUAAAAAAACUGCGUAG